CGCCUCGCCGCCGUGCUGGCCACGUCUGACUCUAUGUGAAUGUGCGGAGCCUCCGUCCGAAGUCCUUUCGCCAGUACGCAUCUGCGCUCGUCAUCGCCCCUCCCCCCCUGAUUCAGUGAAGCUCGAAGCUUCCACCCACUCUUGUGCUCCAACGCCCACAGCAUGACUGACAUAGUCGCAGACAUGGGUUCGUCGACAUCUGCUCCAGUUAACAACACCACAUCACGUUCGCCUCCCACGAAUUACGGAGCCUUCGUGAUCGCAACAAUCGCCAAGAUGACGCGCGAGACAGGCGCGAUAGACCAACAAAUCCUACGACAAUGUCUCGGCCUCUCGUCCUCGUAUCUCGUGACGGACACCAGCAUGGAUCCGGAAAACGGAAUAUCGACAUGGAGCAGCGGGUUCAACCGCCUUGUAGAAGUGCUGGCCGCUCUGCAUCGCACCGGCGAACUGCAGCUCGAGACCAUAAGCGAAGCCUCCAAGGCGUGCUCCGAAUGCUGGAGCGUCGGAGGGUGGAGAGGGAUGGAGAACAGUCGAGAGGUGGUCAGAGGGAUCGCCGCUAAAUUGAAGACCCUCCUGGACGAAAACGGCAGAACGUACAAAGGGGAGCGUGUCUAUGUCCCUUGAGGCGCAGUCCUCCGGCCAGGUGGCGCAACCCACCGCCGGUGCGUGUAACUAUUUUUCUACGGAUUCCUGCUAUUACGAUCCGUUGUUUUAGGGUGUAGGAGCGGACCGCAUAAUUCGGAUAUUCUCGCCGUUGCUUGUAUGACCAUGUUUGACUCUGUAAACCGACAUAUACCCACACGCAUUUCAGCAUAGGCAUGUCAGACAA